AUGGAGGAGGCAUUUCUUAUUUGUAAGAUAAUUCUCAUAGCGUUAAUAUUUGCUACGAACGUCGUAUGCCAGAAGAGCAGCAGCAAAGAAAGUGUAGAAGAUGCUAUUGCUAUUACCUCCCAGAACACCACAACAUUAUACCCUAUCUCCAACAAAACUAUAAUCAACAAAGACACCAAACCCGAAACCAUAGAAAAAAUAAAAGAUGCUACUUCAUGGAAGCUUGAAACAGCUUAUGGUGAAUCUGAUGCUGUUAAGGGAGAAGAAAAUAGCCAAGAGUCUAAUGAAGUUAAUAAAACUGCUGAAGCCAUUAAGGAGUUCAAGCCCAGUCCACAUUUGGGAACGUUCUUAGAUGUCGACAGUUUUGAUAUAACUCCUACAAAACCGACAUUUGAUGAUUUCCGACCUUUAAAAAAACCACCCACAGGAUUUAUAAGUUCCCAUAAAGAUCAAUUCAAAUCAAGUUUGUUCUACAACGAUGAAUAUAAAUACCAAAACGACUUCCCAUAUAAGAUCGAGAGUAACUUCUUCAAUAAAGCUAAAGGCAAUUGGCACCAUCCUGACCUAGAGUCGAGACCUACAGUGGAGGCACCUGUGAAGAUACCAGCAGGCGGUCUGUACCGAUCACCUGAUCCCUUCAAGGAUAAACCUGUACAAUCUGAUGAUGACUUCGGGCUUACCUUCAACGACCUUAAGGAAAACAACCACGUCGGUGCUAAGAAACGAGUGAACCCUUGGAAGAACCUGCUGCAGCUGGCCACCGCGCUGAUACCUGUGGGGCUGAUAGUGUCCGCGCUCACGCCCAGCAUCAUCACCGUGCACUCCGUCGACGAUGCAGCCAACCCGUCAGUCAAAUAA